GGAUUCAAUUAGACGAAAUAUUUAAAUAAAAAUCUGAGUCUAAAUGGGGUUUUAAAAAUUGAUUUGAUUUUUCGUUAAAAUAAUCUUAUCCUUGGAUUAUAGGAAGACAAGUUUGAAUUGUCUGUUGACUUUUGUGUGGUGUAUGGGUUACAGAAUCUUUGCCUUGGAAAAUAACAAAUGGGUCAAGUUUUAGGAUGUGUCCAAGUCGACCAGUCGACCGUUGCAAUCAAAGAGACGUUUGGCAAAUUCGACGACGUUCUCGAGCCAGGUUGUCACUGUUUGCCAUGGUGCCUAGGGAGUCAAGUCGCUGGUCACCUUUCCCUGCGUGUUCAACAGCUCGAUGUUCGCUGCGAGACCAAAACUAAAGAUAAUGUUUUUGUCACCGUUGUUGCUUCGAUUCAAUACCGUGCUUUAGCUGAGAGUGCUCAGGAUGCUUUUUACAAGCUCAGCAACACCAGGAACCAGAUUCAAGCUUAUGUCUUUGAUGUGAUCCGAGCAAGUGUGCCUAAGCUGGAUCUAGACUCCACCUUUGAGCAGAAGAACGACAUUGCGAAAACCGUUGAGAGUGAGCUUGAGAAGGCUAUGUCGCAUUACGGAUAUGAGAUAGUUCAGACGCUUAUUGUGGAUAUCGAGCCUGAUGUGCAUGUCAAGAGGGCUAUGAAUGAGAUCAAUGCUGCUUCAAGGAUGAGAGAGGCAGCGAGUGAGAAAGCAGAGGCGGAGAAGAUACUUCAGAUCAAGAGAGCUGAAGGAGAAGCUGAGUCCAAGUACCUUUCAGGUCUUGGUAUAGCACGUCAGAGACAAGCCAUUGUGGAUGGUCUGAGAAACAGCGUGCUGGCUUUCUCUGAGUCUGUUCCAGGGACAUCUUCCAAGGACGUCAUGGACAUGGUUCUGGUCACUCAGUACUUUGACACUUUGAAGGAGAUUGGCGCGUCUUCGAAGUCAAACUCGGUGUUCAUACCGCACGGUCCAGGCGCUGUUAAGGACAUUGCUUCACAGAUAAGGGAUGGUCUUCUUCAGGGAAACGCUGCUGCUGAGUAAGAAGAGAUCAUAAAAGUACAAAGCUUUCUUCAGGGUUUAGUUGUGUUUCUAUUGUUGAAAGUCCUUAUGGAUUCCUUUUAAAAUUACAUAUCGUUGGUUUGUUUAUGGCUUGUGGACGGGAUCAUAUGUUUGGUUUUAGUUAUGUUUUGGGCUUGAGAGUA